AAAUAAAUAUUUAUUGAGACAGACCAUCGAAUCAGAAGAAUAAGCCGAACGAAUUGUAUGUUCCUUCGGCUAAAAAUAUCUUCUGUCCAAGGCUAGAACAGCUUUAUUGAAAUCUUAGUAUACUCCCUUUUUGUAAACUGCAAAGACAGCCCCCAAAACGGGUCCAUAAAACCAGUAAACAAGACAGACCCACAGUGAGAUAAAGUUACACUAUACAAUAUACAGAAAGUAGCUGAAGGAUACCUGUAAUAAGAAAUAUGGAAACCAGUGAACUAGAUAUGUCAUGUGAGAACAUUGGCACUAAUUCAGUGAAUCAGGACAACAACAGUGAAAUGGACUAUGAUAAUAGAUUUGAAAUGUAUAUGACAUCAUGUAAUGCUGAGACACCAGAAAGUUUAGAUAACUCUGACACUGGUUGUGUGUUUAAAUCUCAUAUACCACAAACUAGGUCUGCAGAUUUUUUAUCUACAAAUAUGACAAACAGUCCAAAAGUGAAUAAUUUUAAAAACAGUUAUAAAACUAAAAAUCAGUUUUCUAGUUUAUCGAAACUUUUAUACAAUAAAAUAAGAAAGCAAUCAAAAGCUGUAUCAGGGAUUUGUAAUCUGACCACAUCUGAAUUACCUCCCUUACCAAUUUCACUAGUUAUGACUCAUCCUGCAUUUGAAUUCAUGGAAAUAAGACUACCUUUAUUACACACUUUCACUGACUCAACAACGAGUACUACUCAUACUGUUAUAGAUGAACAUGGCCUUUUAGAAGGUCAGCAAUUAAAAUAUAAACAACCAUUGUCCAAAAUAGAUGUUAUAAUUCGUCCAGCAAAUGAAAUUUUACUUGAGGAGUUGAAACAUAGCCUUUCUUGCGAAGACUUUCAGCUUAAAAUGAGACAACAUUGUAAUCAGACUGAUCAUAUCAUUAAGGAAAAGGUUGAAAAUUUACAUGAAAUGGCGGAGAAAGAGUGCUCGCUACUAUUUGCCCCUGAUAGUAUUAAACAGGAUAUAAUAUUUCAGACUCAAGAUGCUGUUGACAAUUUAAUGAACAAAAGGAAUGACUUUAGUGGGGUAAAUUGUUGUACCCUACCUCCUGGGAAGCUUUUGAUUGGUCGAUCUUCAAGUGGAGAAUGGUUGAUUAGUCGUCCACAACCAAAUAAAACUGUUAAAUUCAAAGGCACCAGAAUCCAAAAAUGGCCACGAAAGGAAAAUUUACCUCAAGAAAAACCCUAUUUAGAUAGUGUAAAAAAUAUGGAAAAAGAGAAGGCUAAAGCUGCAUCGAGCAUUAAGUCAAACUCUCCUCAGAAAGACACAUCAUCAAGUAGUUUCAUUUGUAUUGAAAAUUGUAGUAGUAGGGCGAAAGGGAAUCCGACUCGUAUUAAAGAAACAAUAGUGAAAGAAGGUACAGAUAAGACACAGAAUUACCCACCAACAAUAGGACAUGAAAACCAAAUUGACACAAUUGAUACUAUUAUUCAACCAAUACCAGUAAUGAUGAUGUGUAAUGAAGGAGAGUCACUGAAAGUUAUACACGUCCCCUUUAAAACAGAGAACCAGCUGGUGGAGGAAAAUAACAGUUACCACUCAAACACAUGUCAAAAUAUUGAAAGUGAAGGUACAAUUAAAGUGAAAGAAGAACCAGUUGAUACAGGUUAUGAUACAGGUCAGACAAGUGCAUCUGGUAAAGAUAUACAAGAUGAAAAUUCUCCACUGAUAGUAAGAUUUUCCAAUUUGAAACAGUUUGGCAGCAAAGAAAUUAAACAUACAUCAAGCAGCACAGAAUCUAAAGUUGGCCAGAAAAGAAAGUCAACAGAAGAUGACCCUUGGGCAAACAAGAAAUGUAUUUCAUUGAACCAUGUUCCUUUAAAAACAGAUCUGGUUACAGACAACAGUUCCUACUCAGAAGAAAAAGCUUCAACAAGUCUGUUAGAAGACAAUUACUCUGAUUCUGAAGAAGAGGAUUCAGAGACGAGUAGAAGUGGACAGGAAUCCUCUGGUAUUAGAUUUCCUGUAAUGAAUGAUGGGGAAAUAGAUGCUUUGAUGGAUAUUGAAACAACAAGAGGUACAAAGAGACAAACAAGAUGGGGAGUUAGAAAAUUCAAGGAAUGGUUGAAAAAAUGGGAGUUUGAUCCAAACUUUGAAGAUUUAUCCAUAAAAGUUCUUGAUGAGAGACUUGAAAAAUUUUAUGCUGAAUUAAGAACAGCUGAUGGAAAAUUAUAUGCAACAAACUCAUUCGGAGGCAUUAGAGCUUCCAUUAACCGUCAUCUGACUACUGACCCUUAUAAUAGGUCGUUAUCCCUAUUCACUGAUCCAGCCUUUCAUAAAUCAAACAAAGUUUUCAAGGCUAUCAUGCUAAGAUAAAAAUGGAAGUUGUGAAGAAAGAACAACCACCACCAAUUUCAGGAGAGGACAUGAAAAAGUUAACAGGAUCACCAGUUUUAACUAUUUACACAAAUAGUAGGGUGCCCAGUCAACAAAUUUGAUCGAUUUGGGUUAAUGGAAUAACACACAGCUAUAUUUUUUAUCAUUGGAAAGAGGAGAACAAGCCUCGUCGAAAUAACGAUGUCGUCGUUGUCUACAGUGGUCACGAUUUUCUUAAAUUUGGGUCAAAGGUCAAAUCUAAAAUUUCAAGGAAAACGUAGAGUCACGUUUAGACAGCUGGCCACCCCUACAUAUUUGCGUUUAUAGCAAAAUAAAUUCGAAUAAUUCAGAGGA